UUUUUUAUUAUUUUAUCCUCUCUUUUUAUACUUCUAUUCGUAUUGAUAGAUUUAACUGUCUGACUGAAUCAUAAUCAUCAACCUUCAUUCCAUUCGACACAUUGUAACAUAAUAACAUCGCCAUUUCAUCAUGCUGUCUGCGUCCACGGUUCACGCUGCUCCAUUGGAUGCUUUCAUGAAUCCUGCUUCAACAUCUCCACCUUUGUCGUCCUUCUCCCUCGAUAGCAACAAAAAAUCAACCGCAUUAUCCGAACUCAUCCAAAGCGAAAAAGAUUACAUUGAGAAACUGGAAACCAUUGCCACUCAAAUUUCUCCUCUUUGGAAAGAAGAAGCGACAGCUACUGCUCCCGAUUUCACCGAAUUGCUAACCUAUGCAAACGAUAUCUUUGUGGCAAAUACGCAAUUCUGCGCGAAACUCGAUCAUAUUGCUGCUAAUCCUCAUACAAUGCGGGAUCUCGGAGAUGUAUUGAUGCAAUGGUCCAAGACUAUAGAACUUCCUUAUGGCAAUUUCUCUAGAAGUUACAUUACCCAUCUUAAUCAACGACAGGAUAUCGCCUCUCUUGCAUCUAUCCAACAAUUACUUCAUAAUCUGUCGACUGUCAAAUCCUGUGAUAUUACGCUUGAAUAUCUCUUUAAUGCCCCUUUAAAACGAAUGCAGUACUAUAAAGUACUUUAUAAUAAUUUAUUGGACAGCACUGAAGUUGGCGGAUCUGACCAUGCAUUGGUAUCAGCUGCCAGUAACAGAAUAGACGCCAUCAUGUCCUUAAUUCAGGAAACGAGUCCGCUCUCAUCGCUCUCAUCAUCCUUUGUUAAUUCAUCGACGAGCAUUGAAAGUUCUCAAUCUACCACGCUCACUUUACCUCAGAUCAAGACCGAUUUUCAUUUGUCGAAUCAAGAUACUCCAGCGAUGAGACGAGGCAUCAAUUUAAAGACAUUUGUGUCGCAGAUGAAUUGUUCCCAAGUCGUUGACUUUGCUACCGGAGCGCCAAUGUCCUACUCGCCGCAACUGAUCAAUACGGAUGCCCGACUCAUUGUGCACAAUCAUUUCAUGCUUCUUCCCGAGAACGAAAUCGGUCGACCAGUACGUGUUCGCGCCACUUUGACCUCGGAGCAGCUUCUCAUCUGCAAGGAAACGACCAAUGAAACGUAUUUGCUGAUCUAUCCCGCCUUUGCCCUUCGGGAUGUCGCCGUUCAAUCCAUCUUACUCAAUCGGGAAAUCGUAGGCGAAUAUUUUGUGCAAUUGACGAUCCAUGGCAAAUCCCAAUUGACACUGCGCGCAGACGCAAGGGAAGUACGCAAUAUGUGGCUUGGUCUGGAAUCGACCGCCGCCAAUGCAGCCAUGUUGUCUCCCAAGCCUUUACAGGUGGUCGUGCAAAUGCAUGCUCCUGACAGUGGAAACGCCCCAGCCUUACAGAAUGGAGUUCAGCGUCCUCCUCUUGAAAUUGCAAAGACCAAGAAAAAACGGUCCAUGAUCCGCCGUGAAGACGUGUUUUCGUUUUAUGGUGAAAACUCGGGAGAAAUUUCACCGCUGGAAAGCUCGUCCGAUGAAUCCGACGAUGAUAUGUUCGAGUCGCGGGCUUCCUUUUUACCCGUUGUUCCGCCAAAAGAUCUUUCCGGCAUGUCAGGCCCAAACGCCGCUUCCAAGUCAUUGCCAAAGGCACCUUCCGCUGCCGAACCGACUGGAGAAAAGCUAUUACCGGAAUUGCCACCCAUUGUCCCAGUAAAAGAUUUCAUGCGAUCUUCGUUUAGUGUAUCCGAUUUCCCAGGGGUACCAAACACCAACAGCAACAGCUCUACUUCUGCUUCUGCUUCGACAUCCACGUUGGCAUCGGGCUCAGCUUCAGCUUCAACCUCUACCACAUCGACGUCUCAGAUGAAUGCCAAGCAGGACAGUAAUAAGCGAUCAUCCUUGGAAAUUCUAAUUGCCUCCAUCGCUGUCGGGGAGAGUGACCCUGCUGCACUGAAAACGGAGACGGCUUCCUUGUCGUCGUCAACAUCGUCGUCCACUGAUCGUUCAAAGGAUAAGCGGGUAGCAGACCUGUCGUUGCGUGAUCCCAUGACACCGCCCGCCAGCCGUUCGCCCACGCCCAAUAGCGCCGUCCGUGAACGACAGGCCCAUGAUAUGGGCUCACGGCCCGUCACCCCUCGUCUGAGUCCCGAGUCGGCCGCAUUUCCAAUGACCAACAAGCCUUUGCCUCGAACAUCCUCGAUUCGAAGUGCGACCAUGCCUCCUCCCGGGCAGCAGUAUCCUCCUCCACCGCCUCAGCACCAGCAAAUGCGCCCUCCUGCACAUAAUGGUCGAUCUCCUUCGCCUAUGGUACGUGGACCUUCAGGACCUUAUCCCCAACGGCCUUCCAUGCAGAUCUCGUCAGCCCCUGGUUAUGCGCCUACACGAUCCAUGUCCUUGAAUCCCGCUGGUUCACAACUGCGUCCUACUUCGAUGAUGAUACCGCAACAACGUCCUGGAAGUCCUCGUCCACCACCUUACAACCAACCUGUUGCUGCACGAUCGGCUUCUUCGCUUCGAGCAAGCACUUCGUCAAAGUCGCAUACACUAAGCCGUGAUGAUUCCUUGCAACGAUCUGCGCCACCCACACCAUUAAUGCGUCCAUCCCUCUCGAGCGGCACCACAUCAUCCUCAUCGUUGAGUCCCUAUCAUUCACCAGCGGCAGCUUUGUCGACGCCGGCCGUGCCUACCUACCUUGGUCAGCAAUCAGUGCCGCGACCUGCUCUUGUAUCUGGCACACCAAGACUAACCGCACCUGGUCAGGAAGAUGCCGGAUCGCCUCCUCGAAGCCCUAAUAUGAUGAACGGGAAUCCAAACGGUAUACGACAGGUGCUGUAUAGUCACGGUUGUGAAGUAUUUCAUUGGAAAGACGAGUCAUGGUAUGCUGUGGACGGUGAAUGCUUGCUUGAAGUACGACAGACCUUUACGAAUCGAUCGUGCGUCGCCAUUCGUCUACAGAGUACGGCUCAGUUGUAUUUAAACGCUUGGAUUCUUCCUUCGACCUUGAUUCGCCGCCCAUCCGAAACCGAUGUGACAUUGAGUGUAUUCCUCGGUCCGCGCAAAGAAAUGUACCUUGUCCAUUUCACUGAAGCCUCCGAAGCCGAGCGAUUGACCCUGCUUCUAAAUCGAAUGUACCAAGAAUCAUUGCGUGUGACACGUCAUGAAAGUAUUUCGCCUCCCUCUUCUGUGCGGAAAGCUUCGUUGCUCGACGAGAAUAUCUCCACCGAAGAACUGGCGCCUAUUCCUCAGACACUGAAGCUCGUGAUGCAAUGCAAAUGUAAACUGUUUGUGCAAAACGAACAUUCCAAUUGGAGUAGCUUUGGCAGCGUCACGAUGAAGAUAUCGCAACAGUUGCCGAGCAAAAAGAUGCAUAUCCAUAUCGACGUAGAGAAAAGCGGCAAAGCUACCAAGAAACUGGUCAGCGCAUCCGUACAGAGUCGUAACGUGGAGCGUAUCAAUCCAAAGCGUAUUUCAUUCCUGUUGGUCAAUGAACAGGAACGCACAAGCAUGGUCUAUAUGGUACAAAUCCGCGAAGAGCAAACUGGUAAUAAGAUUUACGAAUAUCUCAAGCUUAAAAACGCCGAAAACGGAUGGUAAAAAAAAAAACCGUCGUCAUGGUGUUUCUUUUUCUUUUCUUCACUGAAGAAAAUCCCAGUGAAUCAUCAAUGUGUCCUCAAUUCGUUUGCAUUAAUCACUCCAUUCUGUCUUUUCACUCGUUACCUUCCUGUCUCCCAACCUUGCCCUUCUUUUUUUUUCUUCCCAUUUCCCAAUCCUGUCUUUUUCUGAUAUCCUGAUUUUCGUUUAGCAUUCAUUCAUCUGUUCUUUUUCAAUGUGUGUGUUUUCUUCCCCAUUCCCUUUCGUUUUUUUUUUCUAAGAGUAUCGAUAUAAUAGCAUCAAAAAUAUUUAU